CGCGCAGGAGCUUAGAAGCGGACGUGUUUGGGCACUAUGCUGCCGCUGCAAACCCCGAGCCUGACACUACUAAAGGAGUUUCACCAUCCCGGACAGAGACAUCACACAACUGGUGACUUUUUUUCCAUCCAGACCGUGGAUAAAACUAAAUGAUGCACGAUUUCCGAAAACGGGCAAUCGCAGGAGAGCGCACACUAAUCGCUGCACGCGCCAAGACUAAAGAUUUCACGCCAGAUCUCAUUAAAGCUACUUGUGUUCUUCUCAGAGUUCCUCACCGAUAUCCUCAAACUCCUGACACGAAAUGCGCGUGGAAAUCUUCAUCAUAACCUCGUCUUAAACAUUGCCCUGGGACUCGGAUAUCGUGGAUGAAACCCGCUUUGUGCGUUUGUGUGUAUGCGUAUGUAUGUGUGUGCGCGCGUGUGUUUAUUCCAUCUGCGGGAUCCUUAUUUCUAGAGAGAACACCUUGGAGUAUUGGGCUGCUUUAAAACCCAACAUCCAUGCAGGGAAAUGGACCCAAAUGCCCCAUGUGAGCGAAGCUGUGUCAUUCAGAGAGCAGUCGGCUGUGACCAGAGAGGAGCUUGUCACUGAUAAAGCUGCCAAACGUGCUGUUUUGGUCCACGUAUUUAAACUGGCCCUCCCUGGCCUCCAAGUGAAAAUGUGAUGAGCUUGGUUAUCUGUCUCAACCCAAGCAUGGAUGGAGGCAAGCAAGGGAGGCACGCAGGCUAAUGAGACCAUUGGUCUUAUGUUGGGGGGGCUUAGGAGAGCCAAUUACAGGAGGAUUAUCCACUUUUCUCCAGUAUAGCUCCACCAUGGAAAGCUUCAAGAGCCAUUAAAAACUUCAACCUGGUGGAAUUUACUCCUUUUUUAUUGCUUUAUAGUUGCAGCUUCUCUGAGUUAUUUGUUUUCUCCCCAACAAAAAUGGAGAUACAGGUACGAAUAUGGAAUAAAGAUGUGAUGAUCUUUAUAAGACCAUGGAUACCGAUCCUACUAGGCCUUCACAUGCAGUUCUCCUGGGCCACUACUUGCCCAGAUGAGUGCCGCUGUGACAGGACCUUUGUGUACUGCAACGAAAGGAGCCUAACAUCAGUGCCUAUAGGGAUAGGUGAGGGUUACAAAACUCUUUACCUCCACAACAACCAAAUCAACAAUGCUGGAUUUCCAGCAGAGCUGCACAACGUUGCUUCGGUAGAGACGGUGUAUCUCUAUGGCAACCAGUUGGAUGAGUUCCCAGUCAACCUGCCUAAAAACACACGGGUGCUCCAUCUCCAGGAGAACAACAUUCAGACAGUAUCACGUGCAGCAUUGGCCCAACUCCUGCGCCUUGAGGAACUCUACCUGGAUGACAACUCUAUCUCCACAGUGGGUGUGGAGGAAGGGGCAUUCAGGGAAGCCAUCAGCCUCAAAAUCCUCUUCCUAACCAAGAACCAUCUGAGCAGCGUGCCCAUUGGACUCCCUGAAGAGCUCAAGGAGCUGCGUUUGGAUGAAAACCGGAUAGCUCUCAUCAGUGAUGAUGCCUUCGAGAAUGUAACAGGGCUUGAGCGCCUUCUUCUGGAUGGAAACCUCCUGACAGAUGAAGGCCUGGCCCCAGGAGCCUUCCAGAAUUUGGUUAACCUUAAAACCCUGUCCAUGGCACGCAAUUCCUUGAUGGUCCCUCCUCCUAUACUGCCCACCCAGAGUUUGGUCAAGCUCAAUUUUCAGGAUAAUCUGAUGAAUGAGAUCCCUUUGAUGGCCUUCCAUGGCCUGCACCACCUUGAGAGACUGGAUAUUUCCAACAACCAGCUGCAGACUCUCACACAGGGGGUCUUUGAUGGCCUCCUUAGCCUGAGACAGCUCACUGUUCGAAACAAUCUUUGGCUCUGUGACUGCAACAUUAAAUGGAUCAUAUUGUGGCUAAAGUCCUUGCCAUCCACACUCAACGUCCGUGGCUUCAUGUGCCAGAAGCCUGAGAAUGUGCGUGGUAUGGUAAUCAGAGAGCUAAACUUAGAGAUGAUCCAGUGCCCCAGCACUACGGCCAUAGUGCCACAAUCAACACAACAGCCCACACACUCCUCUUUGCCUACUGCUGAGUCAGCCACUGAAACAGGCUUCUCAGACACAAACUAUGUCCAUACUCCCAGCUCUGCACCCACGCCACCUGCCCUGCCAACUGAGCAUGGAGAUAAAGAACUAAGGACAGAUGUUCAUGAGGAUCCUGUGCAGGAAUCGCUUCGUGUUUCCUUCAUUGUCUUAAACAGCACAUGUGUCCAGGUGAACUGGAUAUCUACCUUCACUGUCACGGCAUACAAGGUGACCUGGGUCAAGAUGGGCCACAGUUUGAUUGGCGACCCUAUGCAGGAGACUAUGGUUGAAGGUGAACAACAGAGAAUACACCUGACCAACCUGGAUCCCAAAUCUUUCUACCGAAUUUGUGUGGAUCCUCUGGAUGCUUUCAACAAUUAUCACACAGGAGAAGACACUAUUUGCUCGGAGGUGAUGACCAAGCCAGCCUCCUACGACGUGGACGAGAAGGCAGAGCAGGCGAGCCAACAGGACUUCGGCUCAUCUCUGCUGCUGGCCGGCCUGAUCGGAGGGGCCGUGCUCGUCGUCCUAGUGCUGCUGCUUAGCAUAUUCUGCUGGCACAUGCACAAGAAGGGACGGUCGUCUUCAUCCAACUGGAAGUAUAACCGGGGGAGGAGGAAAGACGAUUACUGUGAGGCAGGCACAAAAAAGGAUAACUCCAUCCUGGAGAUGACCGAGACUAGCUUUCAGAUAGUUUCUUUGAACAACCAACAGCUCCUUAAAGGAGAUUACCGAAUUCAGCCCAUUUAUACUCCUAAUGGAGGCCUUGGCUACAGAGACUGCCAUGUGGCCAACAACAGUACAAGCUACAGCAAGAAUAGUGUUCCAGUGUCUAACCCUUGCCAUACAUGAUGAUUUUCGAAAGGUAUUAAUCCUUUGUAUUAAAAUUCGACUUAAAUAUGCUGUACAGUAUAUAUUUCAAAGAUGAACUGUAAAU